UCUUUCGGGUCCUGCUUCCAAGAUGACCAAGAAAAGGAGGAAUAAUGGUCGUGCCAAGAAGGGCCGCGGCCACUUGCAGCCCAUUCGCUGCACCAACUGCAACUGCGCCCACUGCGUGCCCAAGGACAAAGCCAUCAAGAAGUUCAUCAUCCGGAACAUCGAGGAGGCCGCGGCCGUCAGGGACAUCUCGGAGGCCAGCGUGUUCGACGCCUAUGUGCUUCCCAAGCUGUAUGUGAAACUGCAUUAUUGCGUGAGUUGUGCUAUUCACAGCAAGGUGGUCAGGAAUCGUUCUCGUGAAGCUCGGAAGGAUAGAACACACCCACCCUGAUUUAGGCCUGCGGGUGCUGCCCCACGACCUCCUCCAAAGCCCAUGUAAAGAAGCUAGAGUAAAGCCAUGUAACGACUGAAGGACAACUCUGUGGAGAAAUAAAAUGGAAAUUGUACUUUAAAAAAAAA